AUGGCUUUAAAAUCAUUUUCUGGAAUGUUUGGAAGAACCCAUGCUGCUGUUAUUGGUAUGAUACAUGUUGGAGCCUUACCAGGAACACCACGAAAUAAACAGAAGAUUUCUGAAAUAACAGAAGCUGCUUGCAAAGAAGCUGAAAUAUACAAAGAAGCAGGCGUGGAUGGUAUUAUAGUAGAGAAUAUGCAUGACAUUCCUUACAUGCAUACUGACAGUGUGGGACAUGAAAUUACUGCAUCUAUGAGUGUCAUCUGUUCACAUAUAAAGGGGAUAUGCCCUAACAUUCCUUGUGGAGUACAGAUACUGGCUGGUGCAAACAAACAAGCAUUGUCUGUGGCUCAGGCAGCAGAUUUAAACUGCCAGGUUUCAUUGAGUCCACAGGCGUCUUCACCUUUCAUAGCCGUAAUCAAUAGUCGCAAUCCAAAUAUACAGUCAGUUGUCAUGGAAACAGUCAUGGAUAAUCAGCAAGCGAAGUUUUAUCAAUGA